AUGUUACGGAGGACCGUAUUUGCGUUGUCGAUUGCACGCCCGACGCUGCCGCUGCUGGGCAGUAAGGGUGGUACACCAAAGCGAAAGAAGAACCCCAUGCAGCUACGCCGCAAAGUGUAUGGCCUACACUUCAAGGAGAGGUAUCUCAAGACAGAGGAGUGGUACUACUGUCCGCUCUGUGCCGAGCCGAAGAAGCAGGGGGAGUGGUGUCGCCGAGAGGACUGUCGUCAAAUCAAACCAUAG